AUGAUCCACCAAGCUAUACUUAUAAUGCAUAUGCCCAUGCAGGUUCUCGACUUUGCUGCUUUCUCUGAACCUGAAUACGAUCUUCCUAUAUUUUGUGCCAACGCUUUUACGACUCCUGCACAGAGUAUCGUUGUCUUGGACCUCAAUCCGCUAUACGAUAUAACUGAAGACAAGGAUUACAAAGAUAAAUACUACAGGAAUUUGAUGCCCCUUAUGCAGAAGUAUAGUGAGCUUCUGCCAUGGGGUGGCAAGAUUACGAGCGAAUCUCUGAGAUUCUUCUCUCCAAUCGUGAUCUGGACUAUAUUUGAGCCCACUGAACGCAACCAUCAUGUUCUAUAUUCAGCUUUGCUGGAUUACUAUAAGGUUUGGCUUCAGUUAACGGAUCAAGCAACUGAAGAGAAUGACACAACGAAAGUUGUUCGUAACAGAGAAGCGCAACAUAGAUAUCUCACAUGGAGGGCUGAAAAGGAUCCUGGGUUUCCACUUCUGAAGAAGUUGAUUGGUGAAAGCCAUGCCAAGGAUUUGGUGACGGAGUUCCUGUUCGAAGGAGUGUAUUCUCUUGGAAGUAAAUCUUUCCUGGACUAUUUCCCCGAGUACGCGCGUGACGACGGGACAGUAAACAAGAAGAGGAGUAUGAUCGGGAAAUCUUUCGAAGCUAGGCCUUGGGAUGCUACCGGAGAAUUCAUUGGUGGCAAGGAUGCAGGAUGA